CGAUUACUAUCGAAGAUGGCGGCAAUGCUCAUCGAGGCAAGCGCUGCUCACUUCGCUUUUGUCAGGGCAGAAAGUGGAACGAAAAAUUUCAGUUUUGGAGUCAUAUUUCUUUCAGUUUCCAAAGAACUAUGAUGAGCUACAACAAGAAGCCGGACAUGCUAUCCCUUGAACCUCGCGAGUCUCUCGACUUUGAAGGCCCUUUCAAUCGUUCGGUCUGCAAGAGCCUGAUCAUCGAGAAUCCCAACAAUAAGUGUGUGGCUUUUAAACUAAAGACCACUUCGCCUCGCUCGUUCUCCGUGCGCCCCAAUCUCGGGACUGUGGGUCCCAACGCAAAGAUCACCGUGGACGUCUUCAUGCAUCCCAUGAUCCCGGAUGUUGGCCAGAAGCAAGACAAGUUUCUCGUCCAGGCGGCCUUUGCCUCCGGCUGCGAUAUCGAUAUGCAGGAGUUCUGGAAGGAGCAGAAGCCAGAAGACAUCUGGGAAGCCAAGAUCAAGUGUGUCUUAGUCCAGGAUAAAUCGUCAGAUUUGCAAUUGCGUCAGGCUGGUGGCGCUAGUGCCACCCCAGAACCUAAACCGGAGGACGAGAUCGAGUUCGAUGCUGAGGAGAUUACUCAGCAGGAAGCACAGCUGCUCAAGCAGGUCAGCAUGCUAGAGGAUGAGCGCUUAACUCUCAAGGAGGAGUUGGCUAUGAUGCACGACCAGGCAGCAAUGCGUCAAUCUAAGCCAACGGGCAAGGACUACUUUAAGUUUGCCUCUUGUGUUUUGACCAUUCUUGCCGCCAUUCUGGGCGCCUAUUAUGGCAAACAUUACUUGUAAGCUGUGGCAAUGGCAUUGUAGGCACGACACCAAAAGCCUGAGAUUUGUAUAACGAAAUAUAUGUCUAUUAAACUGAAUAGCAAAUCCUUAA